AUGGAUCAUGAUAAAGACGAGAUUGUUGCUGCACUUGAAGAAGUAACACGUGUUGCGGAUAUUAAUACCAGCACCGUGAACUCUAUACGGAACACAGUAGUCGGUCAACUUAGUUUGGACCCAAGCUUUUUUAAAUCUGAACCUUGGAAGUCAAUCAGCAAAUCAGUUGUUGACAAAGUUGUGGUGAGUUUGAGGGCAAAGCUUGAAGUGACGGAAGGUGUAGUUUCCUCAGCACCUAAAGUAAAACCAUCUAAGAGAUUUACGGAAGACAACAAAACCGAAUCACGAGCCAAAGAAAAGGAUCAUCUGAGCAAACAAAAAGAAGAAGCUGAAUCCUCGUCGGAAGAUGAAAAUAUUCAAUUAAUUGACGAAUCACUUCCUAGCAAAGCAACCAAAGCAUCAUCGAAACUUUCUCCUCCGCCAAUUAAAAAGAGAAAACAUAAUAAAUCACCAGACCCCAGAGGUAAUACUCAGGUUUCGUCAUCUGAUUCUCAGAACAAAAUAAACACUCUCAAAAGUCAGCUGUUGAAAUGUGGUGUUCGUCGACGUUGGCCCACUAUCUUGGAUCCGUUGCCCAAUGAUAAAGCUCGUAUAAAGUUCUUGACAGCCCAACUCCAUGAAAUUGGAAUGACUGGGCGGUUUAGUCUGGCAAAGGCCAAAAAAAUUAAAGAGGCACGAGAAGAAGCCUUAGAUUUGGAAGAUACCAUUAAGGAAGCUCAAGAUUUUAGUACUAGAGGUGGUCGCCCAACUAGAGCCUAA